AUUUCUUUCCCAGAAAGCUCCUUAGGUUUUGCCUAAAGGGGGGUGGGAAACUCUUCCACCUUGCAUGUUGGUGAGCUGUGGUAGGCUGAGACUCCGUUUUUUUAUCUGAAAGUCAAUGUAAUCUUUGCAAGAAUUGCUGUGAAAUUCCUAGCAGUGGGGAUGAAAAAGUAAGUAGGGGAAGCUAAUCCCUAAGCAGUUAAGAAAGGAAAAAACCACAAGAGAGCACAAAGGAGAAAGAGGAGGAAGUAAAUCUGAAAAACUGUGAGUUUUCUUCAAAGUUUUAAUUAGCACGGUGAAAACCCAAUUGGGGCACACCUGGCAGUGUGUGAUUGGGGAACGAAGCAGCUGAAUCUUUGUAGGUGCAAUUUGCAUUCCUUUAAAAUAGUGAUGGAAAGUGGAAAGACGUUCUGCCUCAUGGAAGUAGCCUGGAGAUUUUCCUGAUCACCAAAAAGCCAAAGAGCACUAUGUUCUUCAAGUAUUUACAGUGUGAUGGUUGUGAAGAACCAUUAGUCGGCCCUACCUAAAAAUCACAGACCUCUUAAUGCAUUGAAUGAGGUAUCUCUGAAGGAAGGAAAUUCUCCAGUGGAAAAGAAGAAACCAUUGACUGGAAGCAUCCAUUUGGGAAUAUUCAUCAGGAAAUCAACAAGCUAACAAUAUGCGGUGUAAAAUGACAGUAGCCAAGGAAUUUCUCCAGGCCAGAAACCUACUACUGGUUGUUUUAAUUCCACUUUUGCUGCUUCCAUUGCCGCUCUUAUACCCAACAAGUGAAGCCUCAUGUGCCUAUGUGCUGAUCGUCACAGCGAUAUAUUGGGUAUCCGAAGCAGUGCCCCUUGGAGCAGCAGCCCUUGUUCCUGCUUUUCUCUAUCCACUCUUUGGUGUCAUGAAGUCCAGUGAGGUAGCUGCUGAGUAUGUCAAGAACACCACCUUGCUUCUCAUUGGGGUUAUCUGUGUGGCAGCUUCUGUUGAAAAGUGGAAUUUGCACAAACGGAUUGCCUUGCGCAUGGUUAUGAUGGCUGGAGCAAAACCAGGCAUGCUGCUUCUUUGCUUCAUGUGUUGCACCACUACCUUAUCCAUGUGGCUUUCCAACACAUCCACCACAGCUAUGGUGAUGCCCAUUGUAGAGGCAGUUCUUCAGGAGCUUGUGAAGUCUGAGGAAGAUCAUGAGAUGAAUGGCACUGCAGGAAGCACCAUCCGGGAAGAGAAAGAGACAAUAAGUCUCGGUGACAAACAUGGUCAAGGCUCCCUGGAGCUCAUUUUCAUCAACAAGGAUGCUACAACUGCUGAUUUCAGCUCUCUGAUGCAGUCCAAGAACAUGAAUGGGGUACACAUGAUAGCCAACACGAUCGGAUCAAUGAAUUCCAGAACAAAUGGGCAACAUCUACCCCAGGCUCAAAUACUUGUUCUGCCAUCCCAACCUCAAAAUUUGGACCAAAAUAGCAAACAGCAGUAUCCAUCCAAGCAUGAUCAUAUGGUCUGCAAAUGCCUCUCACUGAGCAUUUCCUAUGCAGCAACUAUUGGUGGACUCACUACCAUCAUUGGUACUUCCACCAACCUCAUCUUCCUAGAAUAUUUCAACAACCAUUACCCAAAUUCGGAUGUGGUGAAUUUUGGAACCUGGUUCUUAUUCAGUUUACCGAUCUCGCUCAUUAUGCUGGUAUUAACCUGGUUCUGGAUGCAUUGGCUUUUCCUUGGUUGCAAUUUCAAAGAAACCUGCUCAAUAAGCAAGAAGAAGAAGACCAAGAGGGAAGAAAUGUCUGAGAAGAGAAUCCAAGAAGAAUAUGAGAAGCUGGGAAAUCUUAGCUAUCCUGAGAUGAUGACUGCAUUCUUCUUCAUCUUGAUGGCUUUACUCUGGUUUACAAGAGAGCCUGGGUUUGUUCCAGGCUGGUCAUCUUUUUUUGAACAGAAAGGCUAUCGGACAGAUGCCACCGUGUCUGUUUUCCUUGGUUUUCUCCUCUUUUUGAUUCCAGCAAAGAAGCCAUGCUUUGGGAAAAAAGCGAAAGGUCAAGUUAAUAAGUCUACGGAUGUUAACUCAGGAGAGUCCAUAAUCACCUGGAAGGACUUUGAGAAAACAAUGCCAUGGGAGAUAGUAGUUCUGGUUGGAGGAGGUUACGCUUUAGCCGCUGGAUGCAAGACCUCUGGACUUUCGACAUGGAUUGGGAGGCAAAUGUUAUCCCUGAGUAGCCUUCCAUCCUGGGCUGUCAGUCUGCUGGCCUGCCUCCUGGUGUCCAUUGUAACGGAGUUUGUUAGCAAUCCUGCAACCAUAACCAUCUUCCUCCCAAUUCUAUGUGGCAUGUCUGAAAGCCUCCAAAUCAACCCACUAUACACCCUGAUCCCUGUCACUAUGUGCAUCUCUUUUGCGGUAAUGCUACCAGUAGGCAAUCCUCCAAAUGCCAUUGUCUUCACUUAUGGGCACUGUCAAAUCAAAGAUAUGAUCAAAGCUGGCUUUGGUGUCAAUAUCAUUGGAUUAGUGAUUGUUACAUUGGCCAUAAAUACUUGGGGAAUUAGACUCUUUCAACUGGAUAUAUUUCCUGAUUGGGCCCAAGCCAGUAAUAAUAUUACUGGCCCAUCAUAGACAACAUUGGCAAAAUUUGCCAAAUCCCAGAAAAUGGACCAACAUGAUUGUACAUAUAUAUUAAAAAGGAGACUUGACUAUAUAUUAUGCCAGGAACGGGAAUAAAAUAAGGUAUAACUUAAUUGAAGUUCUGUCAAAUAUUACAUCUAGGUGUUAAAUGAAAACUGGGGAGGGGGGAAUUCCAUUUUUAUUUGAUGGGAUGUAUGUAGCUCACGGUACUCUAGUAUAAAAUUAAAGAUUAAGGGUUAGCUUUGUAAAUGUUUGUGCAGAAAGCUGUACAUAGAAGCUACUUUAUAAGGAUUCUUAUAAAGGAUCCUUAACAUUAUUUUGAUGGUCUCGGUGGAAAUGCAGGCUCUAUUCAUAUUCAUAGCAUAAAGCCAUCCUAUACAUGCAGUCUCUUGAGUCUCUAAACUUUUAUUUUUAAAUGUUUAAAUUGGAUGUUCUACUAUUCAGUAAAUGCUGUCUUGCUCGUGUUGCUUUUCUACUGUUCCCUCUCCAUCUCUCGCCCUUAUUUAUUUUCUUUUGCUAAGUUUGAUUAAGAAAGCCAGUUUGGUUUAAUACUUAAGGCAUCAGGAUAGAAAUCAGGAGACUGUGAGUUCUAGUCCUACCUUACAUAUAAAGCCAACUGGGUGCCUUAGCCCAUUUAUUCCCACUGAGCCUUAGGAAAUAAGCAAUGUUGUUUCCAAACCAUUUCCAAAAUCUGGCCAAGAAAACUGCAUCGACUUGUCCAGGCAAUUGCCAGUAAUCAAGACUGACUUGAAAGCACACAAAAAAUGUUCAACAUAACAUACUUGAAGAAAACUCCACAAAAACUACUGGAUAGAUGUCAGGGGUGAAAUCUACUUACCUUCCUUACCGGUUCAGAAGUGCAUUCACCACACGUGCGUGCACGUUUCCUGGUUAAAACCAGGAAGUAAUGACAUCCGGGCAGCUAUCACUACUGGAUCACCGAACCACAGGGAAAAAUCGCUACCGGAUUGGGCGAUCCGGUUUGAUCCGGGAGCAUUUCACCCCUGAUAGAUAUCCUUUCUGUUUGAUCAGGGGUGUCAAACUCAAUUUCAUUGAGAACCACAUCAGGGUUGUAUUUGACCUUGGGGUACCAGGGGGGCGUGGCCAGGGGGUGGCCAGCUUGACAUCACUAGUUGAGGCUCCAUUUUUGGCUGCAACGGCCUCCUGCAGCUCUCUGCCAGUGAAAACGGAGGCCAUGGAGCCCACACGCGGCCUCCCUGAGCUUUAUUUUCACUGGCAGAGGGCUGCAGGAGACCGUCAUGGCCGAAAACGGAGCCCAGCCUGCCCAAGCUCCAUUUUUGCUGGCAGAGGCACUGCAGGCCGGUCCUUCGCUGUUUCUAGGGCAGCCCCAUGGACCAGAUCUAAGCACCCCGCGGGCCAGAUCCAGCCUGAACGCCUUGAGUUUGACACCCCUGUGUUUGAUAAUGUGUUUUUGUAUUGCACUAUUAUCAUUAUCAAACAAUUAAACAUUUCAUAAAAAUAAACUAACUCAUUUUAAUGAUUUUUUUUUUCUCUUACUGAAAACAUUUGCUUGGUUUCUAAUUUAAUCCAUAUACAGAGGUCUCCCUGAAUUACUUUUGCAAUGAUAAAACAGCUUCGGAAUUGCAAUUUGGAAGGAGGGGGGGAAUAGGAAUCUUUCCUGGGCUAAAAUAUGCCACUAAUAAGUGUAAGAAGGAUUUUAAAGCAUCUGCAUUUAUGGUUAGCUGUAAAUACAAGCACUUAAAUUCCUUAAUCCUCAUAUAGCUCUGAGAAAUAGCUUAAAGAGAAGGAGGCAUUGUUAGCACUGGCCUCAAUUUAAGAAUCUAGAAUAACUUUCAGAGAACUCCUAAUAAAAGCAGAUGUCCUGCAGUUUUACCUUUCCAUGGAAUUCUGCAUACAGUUUAGCACAAGAACAGGGGGAAACUGUUGUGCAGAAAAUUAUUGUCCAAAGCACCAGAGGGCAAGACAAGAAACAAUGGUUGAAAAUUAAUCAAAGAAAGAAGCAACCUGGAAUUAAGGAGAAACUUCCUAACAGUGAGGACAAUUAACCAGUGGAACAGCUGGCCUUCACAAAUCAUGGGCCCUCCAUCACUGGAGGUUUUUAAGAAGAUUCUAGACAGUCACUUAUCUGAAAUAGUAUAGGGUCUCCUGUUUGAGCAGGGGGCUGGACUAGAAGACCUCCAAGGUCCCUUCCAGCUGAUUCAUUCUAAAUCUAAAUGAUGCCCCAUGAAGAAACCUUUCAGGGUAACAAGUCUUCAGAAAGAUUGUGGCUGCCUCAUGGAAACACUUUUUGCUGGAAGUAUUGUUUUUACUUGCUGGAAUUACAGAUUCACACAAAUAUGCCAGGGUGACUUUGCUGAGUUCCGGAAGGAUCAGGCAUGUUCCCCUUGAAAGAUCCUGUGACGGGACAGCUCGGAUUCCUACAGAUUUAUUCUGUAACUAAGUGCCUUCACAAUAGAUUUACUAUUUUCAUAAUGCUUCUGUAUUCUUAUUCUAUUACAGAUGAUACAUAACUUGUAAUAAUUAUAUCCUGAUUGCCUUUGUUAUGUUUUUUUCCCCAUUAAGAAAAGUAAUAACCAUCUUUUGUUUCCCAUUGCAAAUGUUUCUGUUGCAGAAAUUGCUUGGUAAUAAAGCAAAGUCUAAAAACUGUUAA